ACGCGCCUGCGCCAUAAUCUCCGCACCCUUCACCCACUCGGCCCCCGAGAGCCCCGCCCCUCGCGGAGCAGACCCCGCCCCCUCCCUCCCUUCCCUCCCCUUUCCCCCCCUUUGUCCCCCACCCCCGGCCAGGGGCGGCCCGCCCCGGAAGGGCGAAAAUGGCGGUGAAUCAGCACCACACCGAGGACAGCCAAAACGCCGUCAUCAUCCCGCAUGGAGAAAGUGUUCUGAUGCGCACUGAGGACGUAGACCUGUCCUUCUCCAACCUGUCUGUCCCCAACAAUCUCUUCAAGGGCUCCAGGAAGGGAGUGCUGUACCUCACUCAGUACCGGGUGAUCUUUGUUGCCUCACGCCCCGGGAAGGACGCGCUCAAGUCCUUCAUGAUGCCCUUCAAUCUCAUGAAGGACUAUUCGGUAGAGCAGCCCACCUUUGGUGCCAACUACAUAAAAGGGACCAUCUCUGCUGCACCCAGUGGGGGCUGGGAAGGACAGGCUAAUUUCAAACUGAUCUUCCGGAGCGGAGGGGCCAUGGAGUUUAGCCGGUUGAUGAUGAAAUGCGCCAUCAACGCCUCAAGAGGGCUCCCGCCUCCAAUGACCUUCUUUGGCUUCAGCCCCCACUCUGCCCUGAUGAUCACUAUGUACCCCCGAGGGGCCCUAUCGGGCUCCACCCAGGUCAUCUACAUGAUACCGGCCGGCUCGGCCCAGAUGCCGUCCUCCUCAGGGUUUCCGUUCCCUUCGACCUCAGCCCCUGGCUACGGACCCCCUCCCCCUGGCUACGGACCCCCUCCCCCUGGCUACGGACCCCCUCCCCCUGGCUACGGACUCCCUCCCCCUGGUUAUUAUGGACCCCCUCCCCCUGGAUACGGAGGACCCCUUCCCCUCAGAUAUGGACCUCCUCCCCCUGGAUAUGGACCUCCUCCCCCUGGAUAUGGACCUCCUCCUCCUGGAUAUGGACCUCCUCCCCCUGGAUAUGGACCUCCUCCCCCUGGAUACGGACCUCCUCCCCCUGGAUACGGACCUCCUCCCCCUGGAUAUGGACCCCCUCCUCCUGUAUACAGACCGGCUCUUCCUCCCUCAGCCACAAUCACUGAGCUUCCUGACUCCUCAGCCCCUGCAAGCCAACCAGAACCCAAAAAAAAAGAAGAAAAUACUAAAGAAACCAAGAAGUAAGGAGAGCGGUAGAGCUGCCAUCUUCCUAAGGAGAGCCCUUCCCCACUCCCUGCGAAUAUGCCCCGAACAGGCUUAUGGCGGCUCUGGCAAGCCCAGGCCCAGGCUCCAGGGCUGCCUCUGACCAGGAGUCAGAACCCCCGCAGCCUCCCUGGCUUCUCCCAAGUGAGGCCAGCCAGGCACUGAGUUGUGAAUUGGGAUCCUGGGGAGCCCGGGAAUGAGCCUCCUCAUGCCCAAAGUUGGAGGCCUGGCUCCCAAACAGGAGGAAUUUGGGAAACUGAGAAUGAGCUUCCUCCCAGUGAACGAAGGGGCUGGGCUCCUCCCCACCUCCUCGGGCAUCUGAGAUGAGGGAGAAAUCUCUUCUUUUUUUAAAAAAAUUAAUGUCCUUUAUUGUAUCUCUUUCAUUUCUGAAUAUAUCCUCCCCUCAGCUCCUCCCCAGAGAGUCAAUGCUAAAAAAAAAAAAAAAAGGUUUUAAAAAGAAAAAAAAAAAAUUCAGCAAAGCCAGAUGACACAUCCCAGCAUCCUCCUGAUAGUGUAUGCAACAUUUCACACCCAUAGUCCCCCACCUGUCCCCAGGUCAGGAGGGAGGAGCCUUUUUCCUCUUCGGAGGACGAGCUUGCCCCUUAGGUUUCUGCAGCCAUCGGAGCUGACUGCUGCCUUGCUCCUCCUUCCGAUUAUGUUGUCCGAGACAUGGAGUAAAUCGUUGACCUGGCACUGCUUGCUUCCUCUUGGUCUUCCCAUAAGUACGGGCUUUUCUGACCGAGCAAUAGCCAUCACAUUCACUUGCCUUCCCAGUUCUUUGCUCCCACAAGGACUUUGACAUAUGUUGGGGGGCUUUUCAUUUGGAGUGUUUGCUCAGUACCAGAAUCUGUGAGUCAAAGAGUAUGGACAUUUUAAUCACCUUUUCCCAGGGAUUAAGUGACUUAACUAAGGUCAUUCAGCUAGUGUCCAAGGCCUCAUUUGAACUCUGGUCUUCUCCACUAAGCCAGCCGGCUGCCUUUUUAUAAACCUUAAAGUUCUAUAAAAGUGCUAUUAUCUUUAAAUAUUAAAAAAAAUCUUUUUCGUGGUGGUUAGUAGUUUGCAAUUCUUUUGAGAACUGUUCGUAUCUUUUUUCCCCUUUAGUAGCAGGAUUUUAUUUUUCCAAAUACAAAUAAAGAUAGUUUUCAACAUUUUUAUAAGAUACUUUGGGUUCCAACUUUUUUCUCCCUCCUUCCCUUACUUCUUCCCUCCCUCCCCUAGGCAAUAAGUAAUCUGCUGCAGGUUAUAGAUGUGUAAUACUUUUAAACGUAUUUCCAUGGUGGUCGUGUUAUACAAGAAAAAUCCGACCAAAAGGAAAAAAAAAAAAAAAAACUACAAGAAAGAAAAAGCAAACAAACAAACAAGGUGAAAAUACUCGGCUUCAAUUCACCUUCGGUCUCCAUAGUUCUUUCUCUGACACAGAUGGCAUUUUCUUUUCUUUUUUUCUUUUCUUUUUCUU